CUUGCAUCUUGCAUCCUCGACAGACAAGCCAAAAAAACUAGACGGGACACGGGAGCUUGAUUUGUGCUAUUGUGCUGUCAGAACUAUCACCAUCACUACACGGUGCACAAUUACCACAAUUACUAACUUCGUUCUGUCGUCUGCCAUAUUGACAAGAGAUAUAACAAAGUUCGUCGCAAGCUUCGGGUGGGAGAACGCUUUCAAUCGUCUUUUGGAACGGGUUGUUUCAGGUUUCACUCACGAGCCAGUCAAUUCGCUUUGAGGCAUUACAAAUGGUUCUCUGUGAAAUGACACUGUGAGUAUCAGAGUGGAAAGUGGAGCGAAAAAAAAAAACGAAACUCGAAUAGCUGAGCCCUGCAACCAACUGAAAAGUUCUGUAACACAAAUCGGAGGCACGCCACGGUACGAGGAGAAGGAACACUGUUCGAUUUUGAGAAAAACAGCUGGUGGUGACCUUAGACCCUACUUCAGCGAGGAUGACAGCGACCUGGUGCUGAAGUUGAUGAAGAAACACAGCUGCAGAAACCAGAACCUAACCACAAUUUUUAUGACACUGCUGAACCCAAACCGGAGUAGGACCGAAAAAACUAAUAGCGGUAACCGGUUCGCAACAAAACGGUUCUGACGUAAAAGAAGUCGGAAUAAGAGUUCAAGUGCCUCUAAAUCCCCGAACGAGGCCUCACAUUGGUCUCCAUAUCGUGCAUUUCGCAAAUUUUCACCCAGCCGUUCAAUGAGGAUGUGUGAGAGACGAAGAGACACCUGCGUGUUUGAGUCAUCAAGUUUCGGCCCUCGGGACUUACAACUUCGAGAAAUGGAGCUCUCCUCAAAGAGUGCUGGUCAGAUCGGCAGAGUAAAAUCUGAGCCCCUUGAUGUCGGAUUACUACCAGAACAGGGCCAGCAGCAGCAAUGCAAUGAGUCUGCACCGGGGGACAAGAGCUACAGGGUGACUCUUGGGAUGUGCCACAUUAAAAAAGAACCUCCAGACGACUGUUCAUACGAACAUCAGAUCAUACAAGUGAAGACAGAGCCCUACAACACUGCAAUUUUGGAGGAACGGGACCACAUGGGACACAGUCAUGGCUCAACACCAGAAGGAGCAAAAGAAAGCAGAGGUAGGCUUCAUAUUAAGGACGAGCCCAGUUACUCUUGUGAUCAAGCAUCUUCGCGUUGCCUCUCUUCAAAUGCACAGUUUGAAAUCAGCACAACAACUACUGAAGCAGUAUUCAAUAGUUCUGCACUAAUCACUACCGACGGUCGACCCACUGAGCAAUCUUCAGCCCAGAGCGAGAGUCAACAGGCAGGCAAGUCAUCAACAUUUGCCUGCGACACAUGCUCUGCAACAUUCAGUCAUGCAUCAACACUGCGGGUACAUGCAAAGCGUUGCACAGGAGAAGGGUUGCACAAGGCUAUGGUACCUGCACUUGCAUGCUCAUCGAGUGCAUACAAAUCCAAUCUCUGCCCUGCAGAGUCCAGCCACAGUAUGCGCCUUCGACACACAAGCAAGAUGCCCUACAAAUGUGAUCUCUGUCCUGCAGAGUUCAGCCACAGUUCUGCCCUGUCCCACCACAAGCGAAAGCACACAGGCAUGGAGCCAUACAAAUGCGAUAUCUGCGCUGCAGAAUUCAGCAAGAUUGCAAUGCUGCGAGAUCACAAGAGAACACAUACGAGUGAGAAUCCACACAAGUGCGAUCUCUGUCCUGCACAGUUCAGGCAAAGCACGAUUCUCAAGCGUCACAAGAGAAGACAUACAGGCGAAAAGCCCUAUAAAUGCGAUCUCUGCCCCGCAGAGUUCAUUUACCACUCGAGCUUGUCAUAUCACAAGCAAAAACACACAGGCAAGAAGCCCUAUAAGUGCAACCUUUGUCCUGCAAGGUUCAGUCAUAGCACAACCCUGAGGGGUCACAAGCGGAAACACACGGGUGAGAAGCCCUACAAGUGCGAUCUCUGUAAUGCAGAGUUCAACCGUAACUCGAACCUGUUGCGUCACAAGCGCACGCACACGGGCGAGAAGCCCCAUAAGUGCGAUCUCUGUCCUGCAGAGUUCGGCGAGAGGGCAGGCCUGCGGAUUCACAGGCGAACACACACGGGAGAGAAGCUAUACAAGUGCGAUGUCUGCCCUGCGGAGUACACCAACACCAGGAGUCUGUCAUAUCACAAGAGGAAACACACGGACGAGAACCCGUGUAAGUGCGACCUCUGUACUUCUGAGUUCAGCCAGAGCACAGGCCGGUCGUGUCUCAAUCGAAAACACACGGUUGAGAAGCUCUACAAGUGCAAUCUGUGUACUGCAGAGUUCGCCCAUAGCUCAGUCCUGCUGUGCCACAAGCGAAGACACACUGGGGAGAGGCCAUAUAAGUGCGAUGUGUGUACUGCAGCGUUCAGCUGUCGCGCGAACCUGUUGCGCCACAAGCGGAUACACACGGGCGAGAUGCCUUACAAGUGCAAUCUCUGCCCUGCAGAGUUCAACCACAGGACGAACCUGGCAUAUCACAAGCACACACACACGGGAAUAAAACCGCACAAGUGCGAUCUCUGUCCUGCAGCGUUCAUCAAUAGCACGAAGCUGCGGUAUCACAAGCGAAAACACACCGGCGAGAAGCCCUAACCUCUGUUGUGCAGAGGUCACCUGCAGCACGGAAUUCAGAUGUCACAAGUGGACACACAUGAGCGCGAGGGGAAAUAGUAGUGCGAUCUCUGUGCGGCAGGAUCAGCCACAGUGCAGACCAUGGGUUUUACGAGCUGACACACACAGUCAAGGAGCCAUACAAGAGCGUUCGCUGUUGUGCAAACUUGAGACAUAGCAUAACACACUCACGGUUACCUUAAGUGGACCUGCAUGCACGUGAAGAAAUGCAAGCUCUCUCCUGCAGAGUUCAGCCACAGCGCAAACACAUUCCAGCCAGAGAACCUGCAGAGGACAAACCUCAACAGUGGGCACAACACACUUGGGACAGAAGCUGUGCAAGUGUUUUCAGUUCCGUUCUGUUCUCUUGCACGUCCUCAACCUGGAGGCCUAAAACAGCACAUGGUAAUAUUCUGUUAGUUAGAAGGCAUAAUUUAUCUGUUGUGUCAGGAACUUGUGUCGUGGAAUGCGUUGCAAGUUGUUGUAAUGAUGUCGCAGGUGUUAGUAUCAUUGGGAGACACUAGUGUGUGGUACUAGAGAUUAGAAGUGCACACCACAGUCUCCGUAACGCUGCUUUCACAGAGAUGAUUGCUGGUCCCUACAAUUACCUCUCUGCAACAUGACAUCACUGGAUCCUUCUCCAGUUGAAUGUGAUAUCAUUCCAUACAACGACUGGCCUCGCGUGUGCUAUGUGGUGACGCUACUGUUGAGUGACCUCUCAUCUUUCCUUGAACCUUGCACUCGGAUAUUUGUGAAUGCUUUCCUGUAGAACUGAAAAAUGAAGAAUCCCUGGUAGGGAUGUGCACAUUUUUGCGUCUUUUUUUAAAGUGCAAGUCCCAGUAACUGGAACACGUAUUUGUGACGUGGUCGUUUGCCGCUGUCAGGAUUGAAAACAAGUUUGUAAUGAACAAGCAACAAACAAUGAUGUGUGGGAUUAAGGGUAUGUUAACGGCAGUUACAGCAGUUCUUGAGGUGUAUGCAUUGGAAACGAGCUUACAGGAUGGUGAAAUUGUGUAUGUGAUGUUUGUGUCAAUUGGUGCUUGCAUACAUGAGCCCUGAUUGGCGAAUGUACGCACCGGCGACCGGCACCGGCGGCCGGCGAAUUCACUUAUGAUGGCCGUCACCGACACCAUUUGUAUUUACAAUACAUCAUUUACAAUCGCAUCACUCAGAAUGAUGCGACACUGAGUGAUAGGCAACAAUGUGAUGCGAUGUUGGUAAUGGACAAUGGUGUGAUGCUAACAGGUGGGCAAUAAUGUGAUGUGAUGUUACGUCUGGUGUCAGAUGAUGGGAAAUGAUGUUAAUUACAUUGAGCUUGAUGUUGAAUGGUAGGCUGUGGCUAGGGAUCUGACUUUUCUGAGUUUUGAAUUGGCAAAAUUCAGUGGGUAAAAAAUUGUCAGUUUUUGAGUGUGUGGAGGCAUUGGACAAUAUAUCAAAUGGACUUCUUGAAGAUGAAAUGGAAUUCUUUCGAAAUGAAGGUCAUGUGAUGGCUCAAAAUAAGGGUGGAAUGCCCAAUAAUCUUAUGUUGCCAACGUUGCCACGCAACAUGUGAGAUUCAGGUGAGACAUACCCACUUCAGCAACGAAGCAAAAGCAAUUUCAUGGCAAAGCUGAAGCAGGACGCCAAUUGUUUGCUUCACAAAUGACCUCCGGAUCUGCCGAGAUUUCGGAGAUGGGCGUGUUGGAAUGGGUUCAUAGAAAGGGAAGAAAGCCAAAAAUGACAGACGACAUGGACGUGUCAUCUGUGGUGUUUUUGUGCUCUCCUCUCCUUGGUAUAUGACCUUUGAACCUUCAGAAGCAGUUUGUGUACCACUCCGCUGCAUGGCAUUUUAAAAUCACGAUAAUUACCCAGUAAGUGUAGGCUCGCCUGAAAAGCAGGAAAUGCUAUCAUGUAAAAUUAAAGAUUAGGUUUCUCCCACA